CGCAUCGAGGUGGUCGUCUGAACGAUCAGUUGACGCCGCCGUUGGGAGCUUCCUCGCUCAUAAACCACCGCGGCAUCCAUUACGAAAACCAGAGAUAAGGAGCAAUGCCACCACAAGGAAUCAAGAAGCCAACGCUUCCGCUCCACCUCCUGAAGGAGCUGGGCGCUUCAGACUCGAAUUCGGGGCAAAAGCGAGGGAGCGGGAUAGGAGCCGUUACAUCGAGGAAGGACCGCCGCAAGGCCGAGAGACAGCAAUCGCGGGUCAAUCGCUCCACGGCCGGCCGGAAUCACCACGCCGAGCGGUCGACUCCGAACCGUAGCACCACCACUUCACACCGAGUCGAGAAAUCCGGGGUCAGGAACAAGGCCGGGAGCCGAGAUGCGCCAAAACCCAUCCUAAAGACACGGAGGCAAGAGCCCGAGGAGGAGGAAGAGGAAGAUGACGGUGAAGAUUUCGAAGGACUUGACGACGACGACGACGACGACGGGGUGGAUCUCUCAGACGGAGUUCUGGACGAAGAUUCUGAAGGACUCGGAGAGGAUAGUGAGGAUGAGGACGAAAAUGGCGAAGAAGUUGUGGAUCCAGCACCACAACGAAAACUCUCGAGGACCGUGAAAGAAAAGCUCGCGCAGGACGAUGCCGAAAUUGCGGAUCUUGAAAGAAGACUCGGGUUGAAGAACCGCAAAAGUCUACCCCAAUCCUUCAAGGAUGACGGCCUCGGCGAUCUUCUGGAUGGUUUGGGUGGCAGCUUCGAUGAGGAGAAACAAGACAAGCGGAAGCGCAAAGCUGAAGCAGACGACUGGUUGUCUCAAAAGAGGAGGAAGGCUGAAGCAGCGGCGGCGGCGCAAAAGCGACCACAGCCUGAUCCUACCGAGAGCGACGAGGAUGUUGGGGAUUCAGACGAAAUCGAUGAAGAUGAGGGUAGCUUGGACGGUGAAGAUAUGGGGGACGCGGACUCUGACGAGGACAUGGAAGAAGACGAUCAAGCGCAGAACCAAGACGACUUCGAAGGUUUUGAUUCCGGAGACGAGGAGGACACACAAGAACAGCCGCAGAAGCGGGUCCGCGAGAACCCCUAUGUUGCGCCUACGACAGGACAAUCGGCGAAAUACGUGCCUCCAUCACUGCGUAAAGAGUCCGGGUCGGACUCCGAAUUGUCCGCACGGGUUCGCCGGCAGACCCAAGGUUUGGUCAAUAGGAUAACCGAGUCCAACCUGUUGACCAUCAUGGCGGAGAUCGAAAAGCUCUACCGAGAAUACCCCCGACAACACGUUACUUCUUCGCUUGUGGACCUGCUGUUAAUCCAGGUUUGCGAGCCUACCAGUUUACCCGACACACUCCUGAUUCUGUCCGCCGGCUUCGCAACGGCAGCUUACAUGGUUCUUGGGACGGACUUUGGAGGCCAACUAAUACAAGAAGUGGUGGAACGCUUCGAUAACCAUUACGAAGAGGCCAAAGUUGCUGCAUUGGAACGGCCGGACGUACCAAAACAAACGUCCAAUCUCAUCACCUUCGUCUCAGAGCUCUACACGUUUCAGCUGAUUGGCCCCAAUCUCGUCUUCGACUAUAUUCGGAGGCUCUUGGAGAACCUCUCGGAGCUCAACGCUGAGCUACUGCUCAGGAUAGUCCGCAUGUGCGGCCCUACCCUGCGGCACGAUGACCCCAUGGCGUUGAAGGACAUUGUCUCCCUAAUCCCGCCAGCUGUGGCCAAAGCAGGGGAGAAGAAUCUCACCGUCAGAACGAAGUUCAUGAUCGAUACUAUCACUGACCUAAAGAACAACAAGAUGAAAACCGGGGCGGGCGCAUCGGCAGUCAUCUCGGAGCACAUUGUUCGAAUGAAGAAGCUGUUGGGUCAGCUAAAGUCGAGGAAGGUCAAAGCCACCGAACCCAUGCGUGUGGGUUUGAAGGAUAUCCAAGGUGCGGGCAAGGAGGGCAAGUGGUGGCUCGUUGGUGCGAGCUGGGCCGGCCGGUCGACUGGCCAAAAGCGUACGGCAAAAGCCGCUGAUGUGGAGGAUGACAGCAGCGACGACGAGAGCAUCCUGCUUGACGACGUCGAACAAGGGCCAGACCUCGGAGAGCUGGCCAGGGAGCAGGGGAUGAACACCGAAGUCCGGCGCUCGAUAUUCGUCUCCAUCAUGUCGGCCAUGGACUACCAAGACGCCUAUUUCCGCAUCCUCAAACUACGGCUCAACCGGGAGCGGCAGCGGGAGAUCCCUACAGUCAUCAUUCGUUGCGUCGGCGCGGAGCAGCACUACAACCCUUACUAUACUCUAGUUGCCAAGCGGAUGUGCUCAGAGCAGCGCGAAGUCAGGUGGGCAUUCCAGGCUAGCUUGUGGAAGAUGUUUGGAAGGAUGGGAGAGGAAGGGUUUGGCGAGGACGAGUUGGAGGACGAGGAGGAAGAUGAGGCCAUGGAUAUGCGACGGAUCGUCAACACGGCGAAGCUGUUUGGAGCCCUCGUCUCGGGCAGCAGCCUGGGGAUAGUCAUGCUCAAGCGUCUCAACCUGCUCUACUUGCAGAAGAAGACGCGCGACUUUGUCGAGAUUAUGCUCGUCAAUGUGUUGCUGGAAUGCCAAGCCAACGAACAUCCCGAGGAGACCAUCGCCAAAAUAUUUGGUGGUGUUGAGGGGUCCCCUGAUCUGGCGAGGGGCCUACAGUACUUCCUCAAGAAGGUUGUUCGAAAGUCUGACUUGGCUGGCGGCAAGAAGAAUGCGAAGCUUCUCAAGGAGGGGUGCAAGAUGGCUGAGGCGGUUGUUCAAGCGGCAGUAGCUGGCGGCGAGGAUGGAGCAUGAGGAGGGGUAGGGGGUGUGUCCCUCUCCGGCAUCUUGUGGUGUAUCAACACAAUAACUAUUCGAGAUACCCCUAGGCCCGUGCCGCUUGCAUAGGAGUGCGUGUUGGUCCCGGUUUUGGUCCUCCUGCGGCACUGCGACAGCCACAUUAGGAUACCGGGUAGCUAGCUGUACACAAUAUUGUAGAAACCCUCGGCGAUGCGCCCUGGUGUUGCCCCUGAUCACAGCUGCCCGGGCCUUCGCUGUUCGGGACAAACUGCCAAGAGCGAAGAUGUCACAGGUCACGGGUCGGUCUGAGCGUGCGGGAUUUGGUGGCUUAUGGGGACCCAACGAGCCUGCCAUUGGGAGAUCUGCUCGGGAUUGAGAGGCGGGAACCUGAAAUUUAGUGGCUUCGCAGCGAAGCAACCGAGCAUGGAACCCCUGCCCAA